AUGGCUCACUCACGCUUUGGCAGUCAACAUGACUCCAAAGCUUUCCCCUUCCGGCAAUUGCUCGUACUUGGUAUCUGCCGGAUAUGCGAGCCGAUUGCCUUCAUGUCCAUCUUCCCGUAUAUCUACUACAUGAUCGAGUCCUUCCACAUCACGAACGACGGCAACCGAAUCGCCCUAUACGCCGGCCUCGUCACAUCCGUCUUUGCUGGAGCAGAAUGUCUUGGAGCUGGCUUCUGGGGCAACCUUAGCGAUCGCAUUGGCCGCAAGCCAAUUCUCCUCACUGGACUUGCUGGCACCGGUGUGAGCAUGCUCAUGUUCGGCUUUGCGCCCAAUCUCCCCGUGGCUCUGCUUGCUCGCGCGGUAGGAGGCGCAUUGAAUGGAAACAUCGGUGUGCUGCAGACAACGGUCAACGAGGUGGUCAAGGUUGAAGCACACCAGGCGCGCGCCUACGCAAUCAUGCCCACCGUCUGGUGCAUUGGCGCCUUUGUCGGAUCCGGCUUGGGUGGCUCUCUCGCAGACCCUGUUCGCAACUAUCCCGACGUCUUCCAACCUGGAACCAUUUUCGACAAGUUCCCAUAUCUGUUCACGAACUUGGUGUGCACGGGUGUUGUGGUUUUCAGCAUGUUGGUUGGCAUUCUGUUCUUGGAAGAGACGCACGAAGAUCUGAAGUUCAGGCGUGAUAUCGGACUAGAGGUCGGCGACUGGAUCUUGAACCGUUUCAGAAAAGAGCCUGUCGAGCGUCUUUCGAGCCGCAAGGGCGACUUCAGCGACGAGACUCUCCUCUUGAUCGACGACCUCCCACCAGAUUACCAAAGCACAGCAUCUUCGCCCGAACUGUCACCCACCUCACUUGCGGGACUGCCUCCGCCAGCAUACCGAUCGAUCGAUGGCUCACCCCGUGGGUCAAUCAAGUCUGCCGAUGAGGAUCUGGCUUGCGAUGUGGAAGAGGCGCUUAGCAGGACACAAGAGUCACACAAGUCGAAGGCUGGCGCUCACAGCGCCUUCACCAAACAGGUGAUCUUGAACAUUGCAGGAUACGGAAUCCUAGCUUACCAUACCAUCUCUGCCGAGCAAUUGCUCCCAGUCCUCCUGAGCAUGCCAAAGUCGGACUCUCCACCACAUCUACCCUUCGGAUUUACCGGCGGCUUCGCGCUGUCAACGAAGACCAUCGGUGGUAUCUUAUCGAUCCAGGGCGUGAUUCAGAUGAUUGCCACAAUCAUCGUCUUCCCAAUCGUGAACCGCAGAAUCGGCAGCCUCUGGACGUACCGCAGUGUGGUGAUGCUUUACCCUUUCUUGUACUUGGUGGUCCCUUACAUCUCAUUGGCACCGGACGCAUUGAAGCUGCCUCUCAUCUACACGGCAUUGGUCUGGAAAGUCACUGCGCAAGCAUUCGCAUUCCCUUCGAGCAGCAUCAUGCUUGCAAACUCGGCUCCCUCUAGCAAGGUUCUCGGAUCCUUGAACGGCGCAGCAGCAUCAGCAGCCAGCGCAUGCCGCGCCUUCGGCCCUACUGUAUCAGGUAUCUUGCAAUCAGCCGGACUAUCCCUAGGAACGCUUGUCCUGCCUUGGUGGGUCAACACGUGCAUCGCGGUUCUCGGCGCUAUCAUCAGCAUGCUCAUGGUCGAGGAGAAGCGAAGGACCUUUGAGUCAGAAAAAGAGAUCCCCGAACCGCCUCCAUCAGCGUCUGAUGUCGCAGGUGCGGCAGAAUACAGCUCAGGGAUGGUGGCCGCGGCGGAGAGCUCUAAUGCAUCUUGCGAUAACCUCCUCACUGCACCGGACUCGCCACUCUUGAGCAGAAUAUCGAUGGACAUCCGUAGACAUAAUCGCCUCGACAGCAGACCAUAG